UGCGCAUGCCCAUUGCGAAUUGGAAGCCAUGUUGAAGUUUUGGUGGAGGCUUGCUGUUAUUUUCUGACGCUGUAUGUUUUUUUUCGAUUUGUAGUAUUGGUGUCGUUCAACCAUACCAUUCGGGAACCAUAAAUCGGAGUUCUAAAGAUGAAUUCCAGCGUCGACCUAUCCAGGCGCAAUCCGCAGGAGGAUUUCGAGUUAAUUCAGCGGAUAGGAAGUGGCACAUACGGAGAUGUCUACAAGGCCCGUAAUGUCAACACCGGGGAACUGGCUGCCAUUAAAGUUAUUAAGCUGGAACCUGGUGAGGACUUUGAGGUGGUGCAGCAGGAGAUCAUUGUGAUGAAGGACUGCAAACACUCCAACAUCGUGGCCUACUUCGGCAGCUAUCUCCGGAGAGAUAAAUUAUGGAUCAGCAUGGAGUACUGCGGAGGAGGAUCUCUGCAGGAUAUUUAUCACGUGACUGGGCCUCUGUCCGAGUCUCAGAUUGCGUAUAUGUCACGGGAAACCCUUCAGGGUUUGUACUAUCUCCACAACAAAGGCAAAAUGCACAGAGACAUUAAGGGAGCAAAUAUUCUAUUGACAGACAACGGCUAUGUGAAAUUAGCUGACUUUGGUGUAUCAGCACAGAUCACUGCCACGCUGGCUAAGAGGAAGUCCUUCAUUGGAACUCCAUACUGGAUGGCUCCAGAGGUGGCAGCAGUGGAGAGGAAGGGAGGCUACAACCAGUUGUGUGAUAUCUGGGCCGUGGGCAUCACCGCCAUUGAGCUGGCCGAGCUGCAGCCUCCUAUGUUUGACCUGCACCCCAUGAGGGCCCUUUUCUUGAUGACAAAGAGUAAUUUCCAGCCGCCCAAAUUGAAAGACAAAGUGAAGUGGGGAAAUAAUUUCCAUCAUUUUGUCAAAUUGUCCCUGACGAAAAGUCCCAAGAAGAGGCCAACAGCAGAGAAACUAUUACAGCACCCAUUUGUGUCACAGCCUCUCAGUCGAACCCUGGCCAUCGAGCUGCUGGACAAAGCCAGCAACCCAGACCACACCACAUACAAUGACUUUGAUGAUGACGACCCUGAACCAGAGUUUAAGUAUAGGGGCCACUUCCUUCCCAUCACCCCUGGUGCUCGGCGAGCUCCUCGCUUUGCCAUCCGCAAGAAGUCUCCAGUGUCUGUUCCCCAUCGGAUUCGCUCCACCAGCAGGAGCACCAGGGAAGGGAAGACGCUGUCUGAGAUCACCUUUGGCCAGGUGAAGUUUGACCCCCCGUUGAGGAAGGAGACAGAGCCCCAUCAUGAGCUGCCCGACUCUGACCCUUUUUUGGACUGUGCAGAAGAGCUGUACUACACGGCGAGAUCUAAUCUGGAUCUUCAACGGGACUAUGGACAGGAAUCUCCAAGCCUGGUGGGAGGGAACAACAAACACAGUACCAUCAUGAGGCCGAAGGUCCCACCCCCACUUCCCCCCAAGCCCAAAUCUAUCUGUCCGCCCCAGGAGAGCCCGUCCCAGGGAGAGGAUGAUGUAGACGAAGGGGGGACCAUCAAGCGCUGCCCCGUACCAGAGAGCCCUGCCCGACCCGCCUCAAAUGUACCCCCCCGCCCUCCACCCCCACGCCUGCCCCCCCACAGACGCAGUAGCCUAGGUAACGAGAGUACACAGAGCCAGGCUGACUCAGAGCCCGAGGGGAAUGAUGCUGGGAGCUUUAGGCAUUUCUGGGAGUGGCUUCAUGCCCCACACACGGAAGAGGAGUUGGAAGAUGUGUUGGAGGAGGAAGAAGAGAGUAAUGGAUUGAGCUCUCACCAGAAUGGAGAAAAGGACAGUGCUGCAGAGAGGCAGUCCACCAUGCCCCCUAGUGUCCCCAUACGGAAAGACAAGAAGGACAUUCCAAAGCCAAUCAGUAAUGGUCUUCCACCCACACCCAAGGUCCACAUGGGGGCCUGUUUCUCCAAGGUGUUCAACGGCUGCCCGUUGAAAAUCCACUGUGCCACGUCCUGGAUCAACCCAGACACCAGAGACCAAUAUUUGAUAUUUGGUGCUGAGGAAGGGAUCUACACUUUAAACCUGAAUGAACUGCACGAGACGUCAAUGGAGCAGCUCUUUCCCCGGCGUUGCACUUGGCUUUAUGUUAUGAACAACUGCUUGCUCUCUAUAUCUGGAAAAGCCUCCCAGCUCUACUCUCAUAACGUAGCUGGUCUGUUCGAGCAUGCCCGCCAAAUGCAGAAGUUACCCAUGGCCAUUCCCACACACAAACUCCCGGACAAAAUGAUUCCAAGGAAGUUUGCCGUAUCUAAUAAGAUUCCAGACACAAAAGGUUGCCAAAAGUGCUGUGUAGUGAGGAACCCAUACAGCGGUCACAAGUACCUGUGUGGAGCGUUCCAGUCCAGUGUGGUUCUGCUGGAGUGGGUGGAGCCCAUGCAGAAGUUCAUGCUCAUCAAGAACAUCGACUUCCCCCUGCCCUGUCCCCUGGAAGUGUUUGAGAUGCUGGUGGUACCGGAGCAGCAGUACCCUCUCAUCUGCGUGGCCGUCAGCAAGGGCACCGAGCUCAGCCAAGUGGUCCGCUUCGGCACGGUCAACCCCAACUCGACAUCCUCCUGGUUCACAGAGGCCGAUACGCCCCAGACGUGUGUCAUCCACGUCACCCAGUUGGAGAGGGACACCAUAUUAGUUUGUCUCGACAGGUGUAUAAAGAUAGUGAACCUACAGGGACGGUUGAAGUCAAGCAGGAAGUUAUCUGCUGAGCUGACGUUUAACUUCCAGAUCGAGGCGAUAGUGUGUCUCCAAGAUAGCGUUCUGGCGUUUUGGAGGCAUGGCAUGCAAGGGCGGAGUUUCAAGACCAAUGAGAUCACCCAGGAGAUCUCUGAUAACACACGGAUCUUCAGACUGCUUGGAUCUGACAGAAACUCUCAGCACGACAGUUCAGGGCAGGAGGGAGCCGCCAGUCUGCCCAGAGUGGUGGUGCUGGAAAGCAGGCCGACAGACAACCCCACAGCACCCAGCAACCUCUACAUCCUGGCUGGACACGAGAACAGCUACUGAUCAAACCCCACAGCAUCCUGGGAACACAAGCCACUACAGACAGACAGACGCUAGAGACAGACAGACGCUAGAGACAGACAGACGCUAGAGACAGACAGACGCUAGAGACAGACGCACAGACGGGCCUAGAGACAGACGCACAGACAGGCCUAGAGACAGACGCACAGACAGGC